AAGUAAUGACAACUAAUUCAACACAAGAUGAAAUUAUCCACUGAUUAAGAAAUUCCCCAUACAAAGUAAUGACAACUAAUUCAGCACAUGAUUUGAUUUAUCUCACCGUCAAGAUUCAAAUAAAGACAUAAAAGUUUUGUGGCCCAUCUUUCUUGACUUAUAACAAGCAACUUUAACCUUGCGCAGGGUUUUGAUGGCACAAGUCAAGUUUAGGCAUCACCCAGGGCAAAACGUGCAUCGGAUACAUGCCGCCUGCUCUCAUGCCAGCCUGCAACUUAAAGCGAUUAGGUUUACACUAGAUCCGUCAACCACAAACGCCUGGACCCAGCAUUGAACAAGGGAGAACAGUGACAUCAUCAGCACAGUGCAUUACCAGUUGAUGGCCCCAGGCUUUGUCAGUGCACAUGCCUAGACGGCACUUGCCUGAUGAUAUAUGGCCCCCAAUCAUCCACAGACAAACUUCAGAGUGCUCCCAACCAGCUGACAGUUAGCAAGACCACGCUUCCAAACACAAUUUGUCCCGCACCUUUCCAGCCAUUUACUGCUGGGACUGGCGGAUGGCUUUGUGAACUUGGACUUUCCAAGUCAUCACAGCUACAUGUACUACCUACAUGUACAUUUCUUCUGUGCAUGAUCAUCAUCACUGGAGGAGUUCUCCACAGUUCUGCUGCUGAUUUGAACACCACAUACCAACGGGCUCGACUGACAGGUUUGUCUCGUUGACCGACUUUUAAAACAUCUCAACUUCUCCUUCAACCCAAAUACCAUUUCAUCAAAGACGAGGAGGAAUUUUCUGUGAGGAUGCAAUCAUUUGAGUUACUGGUAAUUGAUCGGCAUCGCAUGCAGUCAACAUCAAGAAAUAGUCAGCAGAGUCUAAAAGCAAAAAAUCUGCUACUCCUCUGAACUGAUUCCAAAUUCUGGAAAGAGUUGCAAGUUCUGCAAAGUGUUGUAAAAGUUACCAGGGUGAGAGUAACUUUUUGGGGACAAUAACUGUAUGUCCAUCCAGAAACUUCCCUUUGCAACGAAUGAACAUCACCAAAAUUUCUGUCCAAUUGAGAACAAUGUUGCUUGAGAGAAGUCCCUUUGGCAUCAAAAACUGACAUCCAAUUGAAGUGUUUCUCAACAUAACUUCAUGGAAAUUACAGAGUUUAAACAGGACCAAACUCACAUUGAAUGAUUCGGCAACUACAGAUGGCAUUAACCAACAAAUCACAAGGCUAGAAUCACAUCACAAGCCAAGUGGAAAGGAAGCGAGGCAGUUGGCAGCACUCGAGCGAUCCAGGAUGGAAAUGUGGAGAGGAAUCGUUGCUGGACUGGGUGUUCUGUUUCUGGCAUCACUGAAUGAUGCCGGAACCGCAUCCUUGAUAACUGACAAAACAUUCUGCGAUGCAUGUUGCUCUGGACCAUCGGGGGUACCGGGGAUACCAGGUACUCCGGGCCAGCACGGCGAAGACGGCAAGCCCGGAAAGAGGGGGCCAAAGGGUGACCCUGGGGAUAUCGGCUUCAAGGGGGAGCCGGGAUUGACCGGUGUGGAGGGACUAAAAGGUAUCAAGGGUUCCAAAGGCGCCAAAGGGUUCUUUGGCAAGCUUGGUCCUAGAGGUCCACCAGGAGAAAUUGGCCCCAAGGGAGAUAUUGGGGAGAAAGGGAUAAAGGGUGACCUUGGAGACAAAGGGGAGAAGGGUGACCAGGGGCCGAUCGGUCCUACGGGUGAGCAAGGAGUGCAAGGUCAAAAGGGAGUGAAAGGACGACGUGGUACUCCUGGUCAAAGAGGAAUCACUGGGACAAAGGGGAGGAGAGGUGACAGGGGAUUCGUGGGUUUACAGGGACCUCCAGGACCCCAGGGGAUAGGUAUUCAAGGCCCUAAGGGAGAGACAGGCAGAAGAGGAGACAAGGGAGAACCUGGCUUGCCGGCCCCUGAGCUCAUGCAAUGUGCCUUUAUGGUCCACUGCUUCAUCUCCAGCGGUGAUCUGAGCCAUGGCCGAGGUGAGAUCAUCCCCUUUGACGACAUCGUCACCAACAUUGGCCAGUACUACGACAUCAACCGAAGGAAGUUCAUUGCGCCGAUCCCAGGCACCUACGUCUUCCACUUUACCACAGACUUUGACAAGGGCCAGCUGCAACUGAAGAAGAACGGAGAGACCAUGGUGGAGGCCAAACGUUUCUCCAGCAUCGUGAUUGAGCUGCAGAUGAGUGACCAAGUCUGGCUGAGCAUGGCAGAAGACUCCAUCUUCAGCGAUGCCCACUUCUACCUCUCUGGCUUUUUGCUCCACAUCCAGUUUGAGUAUCUUGCAAACAACAUGUAUGUCACUGCUCAUUGAAAAACUAUCACCAAAGCAUGAGUUUGCUAGCAAAAUCUGAACAAUUGGACGAUGAGGUCAUGACAACCGAUGAACUACUUGCUGGUUACAUUUACCAAGUAAACAAAUCAUCUUCCUGGAAUAUAAUUUAACAGACCAUGCAGCAUCUCCUCCAGUGUGCACAGCAGACGACCUUGCAGUCUACAAUGAUAUAGCCCAAAAUGCGUCCAACAAUGGUUGAAGUACAUUUGAUGUUUAUGGACACACCAAGGAGAAUUUAGCAAUGCAUACUUGGUUUAUAAACUUGUUUUAAAAAAAACACACAUCUUUAAGACAUAUUGCAAUGCCGCAAGCACACAGCUGGUUUAACAUUGGUCAAGGAGGUCAAAUUUUAAAGAUAAACUUUUCUUGAUUGAUUUAACAUUUCUGUAUUAAUGUCUAAAGCAGAAAAAAAUAUUUCCAAAAGUGUCAAAGUACUUUGUAUAAUGAUUACAUGAAAAUCAGUUUUGGCACAUAUAAUGUAGCAAUAUGGUACCGUACUAACAAUUAUGUAUUUAUUACUUUGAGGCCUUUUUUCUUGAAAUAUCUAGUUACUUCCUUUGUGCCAUUUUCAUAUGAUAUCUAUCUUUCUCCCACAAAAAUAUGGGCUCCCCAGCUUUUUCCUAAUUGGAUUUCCUAUCUUUGGCUAUUCUAAUAACUAUUAUUUAUGGUGACAUACACUGUACUUGUGCAUCCAUGGUAUGUUAAAGCUAUCAAAAUAGAAAUUUGAUGUCUCAAAUUUGUUAUGUCAACUACUGAUUGAAUCUGUUAGUUUACAAAAUUGAUCUGUUAUCCACACAGAUGGAGGCAUUACAUGUAACUUGGUUUAAGCCUAGGGUCUGUCAUCCAAAGUUUUCUGAUCUUGUUAUCAUACAUGUAGAUACAAAUUGUUACCCUCAAAACAUGUGUAGUAAACCCCUCAUUUCCUAACCAUUCAGAACAUCUUCACCACCCUGCCUAGUGUGUAAAGCCUUUCUUGGCUUAAGUCCAACUUCAUAAUGCGAAAACACUUUGGACAUCGAAUCCUACUAUUCAGAGGAUGUCUGUAUUUCUUCCUCUUCCACUUGGCCAAGCUCUUGCGAUUUUUGUCUAUUUCAUCCUGAUUCUUUUGGUGCCAUUUUUUUCCUUCUCUUAUUCAUGUCUCAUUCAAUUGGUCUUUAUUAACGGACAAGUCUUACUGGCCCUUGCUAAAAUGUCAAGCAUGUACAUGCGGGCUCAUAGUAAUUGAAAGUGAAACCAAGGCACUUUGUGAAGAGUCUGCAAGCUUGUCCAAAUCACAAAGGAACUUGAAGAGAUUUAAUUGGCUUUGCAUGUUACUUGUAGCGGUACCUGACUCACAGCUUAGUGUUGAAGUGCUACUUGAUGGGUAGAAGACUUUCUAUAAUAAAGUGUAGUUGACAGCCUAAACUUGCAAAUUUAGCACACAGAAAUCUCAACUGCUGCCCAAGCCAAUGUCCCCGCUGACUGACAUGCAUUCUGUUAAAAUAAUCAGCAGGAGCCAAGAUGUUAAACCCAGCUGCUACAGGUAUAUGCAGGCAACUACAUUUGAUCAAUGACAACACACAUGUAUUCUGCUUGGAAGGGCGAAUGCCUUUCAAUCGAUGCAUUUUCAUGGUGCCUCUUGUCCACUCGUGUAAGUUGAGGACAGAGCUCAACAAAACUGAACAGAAGAACAGGAAAUGUAGUCAACAGAUGGGAUAAAAAUGUACUUUGAAAAGGAACCCUAACAGGUUACUAACAAAUCAUGUCAUUAUGCAUUGACAGUGCUACGGACUUGUUCCAACCUGAGUUCUUGCACAACAAGAAAACUUACUUGAUAAACCAUAAGUUCUGCUAUGCAGCAUUUAGAAAUCAAACCAUGUAAGAUAACAUAUAAGUGGAGUGAGUGGUUAUGAGACCACAACCAGUUGAACCAGCUUAAGAAAUGAACACAUACAUGUGAAAUCUCUUCAAGUAUUCUCACUUCCUUUGAUCAGUUCGUCUCUAUCUUCUCUUUCUUGUCUCUCUUUACAUGUCUCCCUCAAUCUACCUCUCAACCCAGCUAAUCCUCCUGUCUUUCCAGCUGCUUUCCUCACUUUCUUUAUGCCUACCUCUAAGUAUGGUAACGAUGUUCAUUUCAGUUCGUGUCUUUAUUUAAAUAAAGAUGGCUUGCAACACAGAUACAGUGCAGAUACAUAUUUCUCACAUUGAGACAUCGAUCAAAUACACAGUGUAUCGUGGUUGGAUCCUGUUAAAAAUAUGACCAAUUCAUUCUCUGCAUUUCUGCCAUGAACACACCAGAAAUUUGACCUCUUGCAAAGGUCAACAUACAACUAAAAUUUAUUGAGUUCUGAAAUUCACAAGAAUAGCAAACAAGCUUGCAGCAAAAAAGAAAGCCAAACACCAAUACAGUAUUAAUUUGUCUUCUGUUGACCGAGAAGGAACUAAGCAUUAAAAGUUGACUGUAAAUAAAUCAAUUGAAAUAUGUAAAUAUCAACAUAGGGAACAACCAUUUUUACACAUUUAUUAUGAAAUUACUGUUCAUGUACGUAUUAAAGUUUGCAUGAUCACUAUUUAAUUUUAUGCGGUUUGAAAUAAAAUCUGUAAUACGUAACAGC